CGCGAUCACAUAUACGCAGCUUCCAGAGCAAAUACAAGUCCAGCUUGAGGAAUCCCGGGAGAAAUUCUGUCUGGGACUAUGAGAUGAGUGUCAUGGAGCGCUGUGGGAUUUAACACGUUUGUUUUUUUGCAUCAGAAAGAUUCCCGAAGCGGUCGGCGAUGUCUGGGAUGGACGGCUCGGUGGAGGAGCUCAACAACGCUACAGAAGUGAACAGCCAGAGUUUCCUGCGCUUCAGCCCUACAGUGUCCGUGUCCACCGGAGCAGCCGCUGCCUCGUACGGACGGACUGCUAAUGUUUACGUCUACAUCUCCAUCUUCCUCAGCCUGCUGCUGUUCCUGCUCACCCUCCUCAUCAUCGCUCUCCACCGGCUGAAGAACAUCAUCUCCUCCAGCUCCUCCUACCCAGAAUGCAGCAGCGACGCCGGCAGCUCCUUCACCAACAUGGAGAUCUGCAGCAUUUCCUCACAGAGAUCCACCGUGUCCUCGCUGUCCUGACAGAACAGAGACACCAUGAGCACACCAUGAUUGUUACAUUUGAGACAUCAUUUGGUAUACAUUAGGGCUGCACGAUAUUGGAAAAAUCGGAUAUUGCGAUAUUUUUGUUUUCAAUUGAAGUCAGAAUUAUGAGCCCUCCUGAAUUAUUAGCCCCCCUGUAUAUAUUUUCCCCCAAUUUCUGUUUAAUGGAGAGCAGAUUACUUCAACACAUUUCUAAACAUAAUAGUUUUAAUAACUCAUUUCUAAUAACUGAUUUAUUUGAUCUUUGCCAUGAUGACAGUAAAUAAUAUUGGACUAGAUAUUUCAAGACACUUCUAUACAGCUUAAAGUGACAUUUAAAGGCUUAAUUAGACAAGUUAGGGUAAUUAGGCAAAGUUUCCAGUAGGAUUUUUUCCAGCUGUGGUCGCAGGUCUUUAACACAGAUCUUCCAACUACCUAUGGCGUUAUUUCAAUGGCAAAUGUCGUGAGCGCAGUAUUACAAGUCGAGAUUGCAUUCAUGUAAUACGAGCAGUG